GCUGCAGCACAGCAGAGAGACAACGGACACUCAGAGAGCUCGUUUGCGUCGUAGGGAAGUAACACGUCUUUGACCAAAAACUUCCCCAGCCUAACUAAAGUAAUGAGGUAGACAGUCGGACAGCUGAUUAUACCUAACUUGAGUACAACAGACUGACAGUGCCACGGUGAAAAUGGAAAAGGAGUUUGAAGACAUAGACUCAGAGGGCCGGUGGCAAAAACUGUACCUAGAAAUAAGGAAUCAGUCCCACGAGUGCUCUUACAAAGUAGCAAAGUAUCCAGAGAAUCGCAACCGAAACAGAUACAGAGAUGUCAGUCCAUUUGAUCACAGCCGGGUGAAGCUGGAGAGCACAGACAAUGACUACAUCAACGCAAGUCUGGUAGUCAUGGAGGAAGCCCAGAGAAGUUACAUAUUGACUCAGGGCCCGCUCAGGAACACCUGUGGCCACUUCUGGCUCAUGAUCUGGGAGCAGAAGACCAAGGCCAUCAUCAUGCUAAACAGGGUCAUCGAGAAAGGCUCAGAAAAGUGUGCUCAGUACUGGCCCACAGCUGAAGAGAGGGAGAUGGCCUUCAGAGACACACGUUUCCUGGUCACGCUGUUGUCAGAAGACAUCAAGUCUUACUACACCACCAGAGUGCUGGAGCUGCAGAAUCUUAGUACGGGAGAGAAGAGAGAGAUCUACCACUUUCAUUACACCACGUGGCCUGAUUUUGGUGUCCCAGAGUCCCCAGCAUCCUUCCUAAACUUCCUCUUCAAAGUGAGGGAGUCAGGAACGUUGGGGGUGGAUCACGGGCCAGCUGUGGUGCACUGCAGCGCUGGAAUCGGACGCUCGGGGACGUUUUCAUUAGUCGACACGUGUGUGGUCCUGAUGGACAAGAGGAAAGACCCCUCAUCAGUGGACAUCAGAAGCAUCCUGUUGGACAUGAGGAAAUACCGCAUGGGCUUGAUCCAGACCCCUGACCAGCUACGCUUCUCCUACAUGGCUGUCCUCGAAGGGUCCAAGUACAUCAUGGGAGACUCCUCUGUACAGAGACGGUGGCGAGAGUUGUCCAGAGAAGAUCAGGAGCCGACAUCGGAGUCUCCCCCCUCAACUCAGCCCCAGGCCAGGUGUCCAAUAGAGAGACACAACGGCAGCCAGCGGGGAGGUCAUCUGGAGGAGGGAGGAGACUACAGACAGGAUAGCAAAGCACCAGCACAGCCUCCCUGCAAGGAACAGGAGCAGGACGGCAGCACGACACACAAACGACGAAGAGAAGACAGCAUCUCCAAAUCAGGCACACCUAAGACACCCCAAAGCAAGCCUAGGACAAAUGAGUCGGAGAAGAAGAGAAAAAGGGCGAAAACCAGUGACUGCUAACCACCUCCACCGGCGGCCAUGCACCUACAGCUCUGGCAGUGAAGCCAACAUCGGCAGGGAUCUCCAGCUCUCUCCCAACCUCUGUGUCUUUCUUCCUCCACUCUAAACCUCUCUUCUUCACCUCCACCUCAAACAGCCAGCUCUCCUCUCUUUUACCACUUUUAUUUUUUGUCCCAGCCCUGAGACAUUAUUCAGCCGCCACAUACCUCCCUCUUUUACCUCCCAUUUGCAACAUGUCACUCCUCAGUCCUCCACCUCACCACUCUCCCACGUCUCCUCUGAACUGUUUACAGCAAACACUUCGACAUUCUUUGAAGACAGCACAUUAGAAAACAAGAACACACCAGCGCUUUCUCCCACCGUAACAACCUCAACCACAGCCUACGCUGCUGCAGGAGUCACACCUUUUUUUUUAAAAAAAUUAUUUGCUUUAAUUUUAUUUUUUGCAGCUUUGUCAUUCUGUUAUGCUUCUUUGCAUUUAUGAAAUUAAGACUGAUACCAGGAGCUAUGCAUUGCCAAUUUGUAAUGCUGUUCAUAUGUGUAUUUUUAGAAAAAUCUUUUUUUCAGAGGCAAAAAUAAAUAUGUUCUAUUUUUUAUAAGAGAUUACUUGAAGUUUUUCACAGCGAUGGGGGUUGGUCAGAUGAAAAGCAUUGCCUCCUCCCACAUGAGAAAUCCAGUGGCAUGUGAUGUCCAUGAUGUACAUAGUGUUCUUUUAAAAAGAUGUGUGUAAAAAGACAUAUUUUUUCUCGUUUAAAAAAAGAAAAAAAUCAAAGGACAAUGUUACAGAUUUGAAUACAGUAGAAAGCUGAUUUGAUGACUUGUUCUCCUUUUGAAAUGAAAUCGUCUUAAGUUUCUCUUUCUCUUAGAGUGUAAUCUACAAAUAAAACUGGUAUUAUCUAGUUUGCAUAA